AAGCAGCCUCAGGAGCCGGCCGGGAGGGACCCCGCAGCCUGGCCGGCUCCCGGGACACAGCACACCUGUGCCCAGGUAACCCGCUGCCCACACCUGGACCCGCGCUCCUGCUCCUCAUCUACGGGCUCACAGCUCCUCCAGCUUCUGCAGGGCUCGCGCCGCCGCCAUGGACUGCAGCUGCGUCUCGGACCUGCUCUUCGCCCCUCCUGCCCUGCCGCUCUGGACCCCUGGGUUUGCCUUCCCAGAUUGGGCCUACAAGCCGGAGUCGUCCCCUGGCUCGAGGCAGAUCCAGCUAUGGCACUUCAUCCUGGAGCUGCUGCAGAAGGAGGAGUACCAGGGCGUCAUCGCCUGGCAGGGGGACUACGGGGAAUUCGUCAUCAAGGACCCUGAUGAGGUGGCCCGUCUCUGGGGCAUUCGAAAGUGCAAGCCGCACAUGAACUACGACAAGCUGAGCCGGGCCCUGCGCUACUACUACAACAAGCGCAUUCUGCACAAGACCAAGGGGAAGAGGUUCACCUACAAGUUCAACUUCAGCAAGGUCGUCCUUGUCAAUUACCCCCUGCUGGACAUGGCGGCCGCCGCCACCGGCUCCCCACUCUUGCUGACCCCUGGUCCCUUUUCGGGGGCGCCUGGGCCGGAUGCUCCACCCCUGACCCCCGAGGAGAGCCAGGGGGUCGGGCGCCCCUGUUCACCCCCGAGAUGGACAAACUGCGCCUGGACAGCCCCUUCCCAUUUCUGGGUUCCGGUGCCGCCGCCGCCGGCUACUCCAAGCCCCCCGGCCUGCUGGGUCCUUAUGGCCGCGCCUUCCCUGAGUACCCCUGGAACUUUAACCCAUACCUCACGGGCCCCUUCCCCAAGUUGCCCCCCUCUCUCUACCCACCACACCUGUACCCCAGCCCCUUGGGGUCCCUGGGCCACUUGCCCUCUGCAGGAGGGGCCGGGGGAGGCCCCAUGGCUGCACCCCUGCUGGCUGCAACAGGGGAGGGCCUGGGCCCUGAGCGCCCGUCGGGGCUGGCAGUGGCCCCUCGCCUGGCCCUGCCGGGGGCUGCAGGCCCAGAGACCGCACUGGGUGGGAAGGAGGACAGCGAUUCCGAGCUGGAGAUCACUGACGUCAGCGGCUGCAGUUCUGACAGCGAAGGCGAUGAGGCUCCACCAGUGCCCCCCAAGACCAAGCCAGGCAAAGGGGGGAGCUGAGCAGGCGUACGGUGCAUCCGCUGGUGACCAGGCAGUCACCCGUGACGCUUUGCCUGCUCUGCCCUCAAAACCAGCCCAGGGCCCAGGACAGCCCCUGGCACCCUCCUGGCCACCUCCAACCCCCAGGCGGAGGCCAUCCCCUCUCCGGAGUGGAGAGGAACAUGAUGGCCUGUCUCCUCCAGGUACCAUCUGAGGGGGAACCGCCUGGCCCCACUCUUAAGUGCAAUAUGGCGCCCAGCGUCCCCAUCCCAUGUGCUGUGACCUGCGUGUUUGUGUGGCGGUGUCCCCCAUCUAGUGCCGGCCCCUCUUGAAAUCCUCCCACACAGGGCCCCCUGGGGACAGGGAGCUCAGAGCAAUAACCCCGCACCCAGCCCCCGCCCAGGAGGGCCCCUCCCCACUGGCCCCCCUCAAAUCCUGCAGUCACCUCCAGAGUUUACUAUAAAAAUAAAAGGACAAGA